CAAAAAGCACAACUUCCCGCAAUCUCGCCCCUCUCUCUUGGCGGGAACACUGUUUCAAGGCUUCUCUCCGGUUAUCGCCCCAGUGGCUAGUUCUGAACCGUCAAGCCGUCUUCUGUAAUCUUCUCUUAAAUUUCCAAACCCUACGUAUGGAGUCGAAUGAACUUGAAGAAGAGGAGUUUGGGUUCUCAAGGAACUACUUUUUAGCAAAAGAAUUGGGCGGUUCUAGCAAGAAAUCUGCGCGCAAAGCUUCUGACAUCAAUCUCGUCGAUGAGCAAGAGUUAAGAGAAGCAUAUGCUAAACUUGAAUUCAAGCACGAGAAAGAGAUCAAUAAUCUGGUAAACAGUUACCGGAAAUCAUAUGCAGAAUGGGUUUUUAUGUUAAGGUGUGGAUUUGGGCUUUUGAUGUAUGGUUUUGGGUCAAAGAAGGGGCUGAUAGAAGACUUUGCUUCAACGGCGUUAACUGAUUAUUCUGUUGUUGUGAUCAAUGGAUAUCUUCAGUCAAUCAAUCUUAAACAGGUUACCGUUGCAUUAGCUGAACUUCUGAUGGAGCAAUUGAAAACCCAAAGGAAAUUGGAAAAUUAUCUUAAGAACCAGCAACCAUUUCAUACCCAAUCCAUGGAUGACCUUAUUUCAUUUCUCGAUGGCCCACAUUGGGACGAUGGUGAAUCGUUUGUUUGUGUUGUAGUGAACAACAUUGACGGGCCUGCUUUGCGUGAUUCAGAGUCUCAGCAAUAUCUUGCCAGACUCGCAGCUUGUUCUCAUACUCUCAUGGUGGCUUCAACUGAUCAUGUGAAUGCACCUUUAUUAUGGAACAAGAAAAUGGUACACACGGAGUUCAAUUGGUACUGGUACCAUGUUCCUACCUAUGCACCAUACAAGGUGGAAGGAAUAUUCUUUCCUCCGAUCCUGGCUCACAGUGGCAGUGCACAAACUGUGAAGACAGCUUCAAUAGUUUUACAGAGUUUGACACCAAAUGCUCAAAAUGUGUUCAAAGUUGUUGCAGACCAUCAGCUAGCUAAUCCUGAUGGAGAAGGAAUGCCAUUGAACAAUUUAUACACAGUAUGCCGAGAGCGUUUUCUUGUGAGUAGCCAAAUUACUCUAAAUGCUCAUCUCACAGAAUUCAAGGAUCAUGAAUUGGUGAAGACGAGAAGAAACUCAGAUGGCGAAGACUGCUUGUACAUUCCUCUUUCGAGCGACGCCCUUCAGAAGCUUAUACAUGAGAUCAGCCAAUAGAAGAUGGAUCAAUAACUGUCAUUUGCUGAAAUCUAUACUGUAGCUUCUGGCAUUUGAGCUUGUUUGAUAUUUUAUCACCUUAUCUGUUAGGCUUUGUAUUAUUAUCAACUACUCUCGAAUCUUCAUUAAUAUUCAUGCAAACAUCAAAUAGUGCAUACCAAGUUCGUAAU